CCCGCGCGCCGGAGCCGCGGCCACGCAGCGCCCCGCCGGCCGCCCUGAGGGGAGCCCCGCCGCGCCGAGGCGGCUCUGCCCGCUCCGCGCCCCGCGGGGAGCGGCCGGCCAGCGAGCCACCAUUACCUCGCACGGCAAGGAGGACCUGCGAGCGCUCGCCGCCCGGCUCUGGCAGCGGAGGAGGCGGCUGCUGGCCGCCGCCGGGCUCGCCCUGGCCAUGGCUCUGGCGCUGCUCAUCGCCGUGCCCCUGCUGCUGCUGCAGGCGCCCGCCGAGAGCGGCGCCCACUACGAGAUGAUGGGCACCUGCCGCAUGAUCUGCGACCCCUACAGCGGCGGGCGGCCGCCCGGCCCCGGCAGCACCGCCGCCGUGGAGGCCCUGCAGGACCUGGGCGCCAACCCGCCGCCGCCCUUCAUCCAGGGACCCAAGGGGGAGCCGGGCCGGCCGGGCAAGCCGGGCCCCCGCGGCCCCCCGGGGGAGCCGGGCCCGCCGGGCCCUAGGGGGCCGCCGGGGGAGCGCGGCGACUCGGGCAAGCCGGGGCUGCCGGGGCUGGCGCUGGCGGGGGCGGGCGGCGGCGGGAGCGGCGGCGGGGCGGCGGCGGGCGGCGAGGUGGCGGGCGGGCUGAGCGCCGCCUUCAGCGGGCCGCGCAUCGCCUUCUACGUGGGGCUGAAGAGCCCGCACGAGGGCUACGAGGUGCUCAAGUUCGACGACGUGGUCACCAACCUGGGCAACCACUACGACCCGGCCAGCGGCAAGUUCACCUGCCAGGUGCGCGGCAUCUACUUCUUCACCUACCACAUCCUCAUGCGCGGCGGCGACGGCACCAGCAUGUGGGCCGACCUCUGCAAGAACGGGCAGGUGCGGGCCAGCGCCAUCGCGCAGGACGCCGACCAGAACUACGACUACGCCAGUAACAGCGUGGUGCUGCACCUGGACUCCGGCGACGAGGUGUACGUCAAGCUGGACGGAGGCAAGGCGCACGGCGGCAACAACAACAAGUACAGCACUUUCUCGGGCUUUCUUUUAUACCCCGAUUGACCGGGAAGCGCGGCCGAGCCCGCCGCGCGUGUGCCCCGCCGCCGUCCGCGCUCCCCACAGGUCACUUUAGCUUCGUUACCAUUUUGUACGUAUGUUGGUUUUCUCUCUCUUUUUUUUCUUUCGGUGGAAAUGAAACACUGAGUGGAACAAAGCGAUCCCCCUCCUCCCCCCCCCCCCCCCCGCUCCUCCUUUCCCAGCCGCGGUGCGCUGCGUGCUGGCAGUGCCUCGGCCGCUCCCCACGUUUGCGGGAGAGCGCGGAGUUCACCUGUGCCGCACGCUGAACUUGGUCCGGUCAGGUUCUGUGUCAGUGAAUAUUAAUUAUGGUGAUGAGUUUUCAGAUUGACUAUUCAUGAAGCGGGACUGGAUCGUAACUAGUUCUUCCUCUGCUGCUUUGUUUGUAUGGGGUCAAGUGUAAACUUUUCUGUGCAGUUCAAUGCUCGUGUGAAUGAUAAUGUCAUUAACGUCAAAUCUCUGUUCUUGUCUGCAAAACAAUUCAGUCAUUGACCACAGUCACAAAAAAACCCACAUUAAAUUAUGUUUUUAGACAA